AUGUCUUUGCAGUUGGCCACACGCGCAGCUGUGCUCAGGCACCUGCGCCUCGGCGAAGCCAUUAUUCGCCCUGGUCGUGUGACUGGAUUGCAGAACCAAUUCCGCAGUCUUACUAUUUCCAGCGAACCUCGAUUGACUCCGCGGGUCGGAGGUCUUUCUGCGAUUGCCAAUCAGCAGUCUCAUACAUAUGCGACUGAUGCGUCUGCUCCCAAGAAAUCUACCAAGACCGCUGAUGGGGAGCCCAAGAAACCCAAGAAGCAGAUCAAGAAGAAGACAGCAUCGCCGAAGCCGCGCAAGAAGCCUGAGCCGACGGAACGGCAGAAGGAAUUAAAAGCAAAGGAGAAACAACGGGAUCUUAUCAAGAAGCUCAAGGAAACUGCGCUUGAACCCCCAGCGAAACUGAAAUCGCAACCACACCACAUUGCUUUCAAGUCCAAGUUUGCCGAGAUCAAGUCCCAGUACUCCACAGUCCCAGAGGCAUUUUCAGCUACGGUCGCGGCUAUUAAGACAAUCCCCGCGAACGAAUUUGAGCGAUACCAAAAUCAAGCCGAAGAGAACCGUGCUGCCAACGAGGCCUCCUUCACUGAAUGGCUUCAAUCGUACACGCCCCUGCAGAUCAAGGAAGCCAACCACGCCCGCCGAACUUUGACCAGACUUACCGGCAAACGCUUCCGCUCGAUCGAAGAUGACCGUCUGGUGAAGCGUCCCAUUUCCGCCUUCUUGUGGUACAUUAAUGAGCGGAAAUCAUCCGGAGAUCUCAAGUAUAUGGAGCCCCACGAUCUGGCGCGGCGCGUUGCGGAAGAGUGGAAGUCAUUGACUGAAUCGGACAAGGAGCCAUACCGAAAGAUCCAAAUUGAUGACACACAGCGAUACGUCCGUGAAUACAAGGAUGCGUAUGGUGUGGAGCCGAAGCUCAAGAAGCGCGAUUAA